AUGGCAUGCUCAGAGAGUGCUCAGUACAAACAUAGACAAAGGUACAAGGGUACAUUCAUAUACAUAGGCAUAGACAUAGGUACAAGCAUAGGCAUAGAUACAGGCAUAAACAUAAGUACAGGCAUAGAUAUAGGCAAAGACAUAGACAUAGGUACAAGCAUAGACAUAGACAUAGGUACAGGCAUAGACAUAGACAUAGGUUCAGGCAUAGACAUAGACAUAGGUACAAGCAUAGACAUAGACAAAGGUACAAGCAUAGACAUAGACAUAGGUACAAGCAUAGACAUAGACAUAGGUUCAGGCAUAGACAUAGACAUAGGUUCAGGCAUAGACAAAGGUACAAGCAUAGACAUAGGUACAGGCAUAGACAAAGGUACAAGCAUAGACAUAGGUACAGGCAUAGACAUGGAAAUAGGCAUUGGCAUCUGCAUAGGCACAGAAACAGACAUAGACAUAGGCAAAGUCAUAGGCAUAGGUUUAGGCAUAGACAUAGACAUUGGCACAGGCAUCGGCAUAUAUAAACUGGCUAAUGAAACAAUUUUAAUCUAUCCGACAUGUGUAAAUGUACAAGGCCAUCUACAUGUCUGCCUUGUAGUGUCACAUGUGCACUGGACUGUCAUUCUGAAGGUCUCGAUGGUCCCUGACCGCUGCCAUCCCCAGUCGUCCUGCUGGAGGUUUGCGCUAGGAUGA